AUGCGGUUAAGCAUACUGAUUUUGACAAUAGCGAUCAUAAACUUGGGGCUUAUAAACGCUCAAAGUCCCCGAAAUGACCAAUCAUUUGCCUGGACAGGCGAGUACAACUUCCAAGUUCAAGCUGUGACUCCUUACGAAAAUACCCAAAGAUCCAUCGAAGAUCGCGUGAAAAUUGAUGCUGUCAUUUCUGAACCGAAAAUUCAGAAUGUCCAAAUGAGGCCUGUAACCGCACCGUAA